CGCUUGCUUCCAGGCACACGCAGCGGCCAACUCGAGCGUCGAGCGGAGGCAUUCGAAUCGGGCCACAUAGAAAGUCCGUUACAGUACCGGCGAAGCUUCACUUGGUCUCAGGCGGCCGUCGAGCGCGUACCUCUCUCCUUUCGCUCCGCUUAACUUAAUUCGUAUUUAUCACCAUGAGGGAGAUUGUUCACAUUCAGGCCGGACAGUGCGGCAACCAGAUUGGUGCCAAGUUCUGGGAAAUCAUCUCAGACGAGCACGGCAUUGACCCCACUGGUGCCUACCAUGGCGACUCCGACCUCCAGCUGGAGCGCAUCAACGUGUACUACAAUGAGGCAUCGGGUAAGGGUGGCAAAUAUGUGCCUCGUGCCAUCCUUGUCGACUUGGAGCCUGGUACCAUGGACUCUGUCCGCUCUGGCCCCUUCGGUCAGAUCUUCAGGCCAGACAACUUUGUCUUUGGACAGAGCGGAGCUGGCAACAACUGGGCCAAGGGUCACUACACAGAAGGUGCCGAGCUGGUUGACUCCGUCCUUGAUGUCGUGAGGAAGGAGGCUGAGAGCUGCGACUGCCUUCAGGGCUUCCAACUCACCCACUCCCUUGGCGGUGGUACCGGCUCCGGCAUGGGCACCCUCCUCAUCUCCAAGAUUCGCGAAGAGUACCCCGACAGGAUCAUGAACACAUACUCCGUCGUCCCCUCCCCUAAGGUCUCAGACACCGUCGUCGAGCCCUACAACGCCACCCUCUCAGUCCACCAGCUCGUCGAGAACACCGACGAGACCUACUGUAUCGACAACGAGGCCCUGUACGACAUCUGCUUCAGGACGCUGAAGCUCACCACCCCCACAUACGGAGACCUGAACCACCUCGUGUCCCUCACCAUGUCCGGCGUCACCACCUGCCUCAGGUUCCCCGGUCAGUUGAACGCCGACCUGCGUAAGCUGGCCGUCAACAUGGUGCCGUUCCCCCGUCUCCACUUCUUCAUGCCCGGCUUCGCUCCCCUGACGUCGCGAGGCAGCCAACAGUACCGCGCACUCACAGUCCCCGAGCUCACCCAGCAGAUGUUCGACGCCAAGAACAUGAUGGCCGCCUGCGACCCCCGACACGGACGCUACCUCACCGUCGCCGCCGUCUUCCGUGGCCGCAUGUCCAUGAAGGAGGUCGACGAGCAGAUGCUCAACAUCCAGAACAAGAACAGCAGCUACUUCGUUGAAUGGAUCCCCAACAACGUCAAGACUGCCGUGUGCGACAUUCCUCCUCGUGGUCUCAAGAUGUCCGCCACCUUCAUUGGUAACUCCACCGCCAUCCAGGAGCUGUUCAAGCGUAUCUCUGAGCAGUUCACCGCCAUGUUCAGGAGGAAGGCCUUCUUGCAUUGGUACACUGGUGAGGGCAUGGACGAGAUGGAAUUCACUGAGGCAGAGUCCAACAUGAACGACCUGGUGUCUGAAUACCAACAGUACCAGGAGGCGACCGCAGAUGAAGAUGCGGAAUUCGACGAAGAGCAGGAGCAGGAGGUCGAUGAGAACUAGAGCCAAGGACUCUUUAUCCUGACGCUUUUAUCUUUCCCCUUUUUUUUACUUUUGACAUGUUUUUUUCUGCACUUUCCAUUUUAUUCUUUCGUCGCCUUCUUCUUUCUAUCAUUCUGUCCUAAUUUCCUCAGCUUUAAGCUGUUAAUGUAUUAAUGUAUUUUUCAGAUGUGUUUUGUACAUGUUCUGUAUGCUGUGUCUUUUUGUAAAGCUUGUCUAUGAAUUCCCAGCCACAUUCCUGGAUACUGCAAAAACGAUGAUCUGUACUGUAAAGACUGAAAGCUUUAUCGUGGCUUGUUCUCAGUUAGCUAAAACUCAGCCUUGUAUGUGACUGCCAACGCAUUAAAGUGAUGGGCUGCAAAAAUUA